GCGGAACAAAGACAAGACAACGUCCACCAAUGGCGAUCGUUCUUUAUCGAGUAUGAACAUGGCGGCGCUCCAUAGUGAGUUUGGGGACCUAGUGCAAAUCAAAAAGCAGCUCCUGUCUGUGACAUGGCUAUGUAAAGAAAGAGGACUUUUACAUAGCGCCAAGUGGGCUUCUGAGUUGGCCUUUGCUCUGGAUCCUCUUCCCAAAGAUGCAAUGCCACUACCACGUCCCUUCUCAGAGGAGGACAUACAAGACCUCGAUGCACUCACGCUGGCCAAAUCCUACUUUGAUUUAAAAGAGUACGACCGUGCUGCCUACUUCUUAAAGGGGUGCACCAGCCAGAAGGCUUACUUUCUCUACAUGUAUUCACGUUAUCUGUCUGGUGAGAAAAAGAAGGAUGAUGAGACAGUUGACAGCCUAGGUCCCCUGGAGAAGGGUCAAGUGCGCAAUGAAGCUUUGCGAGAACUAAGGGUGGAGCUGAGUAAGAAGCACAGCGCUGGAGAGUUGGAUGGUUUUGCCUUAUACUUAUAUGGAGUGGUGCUUCGGAAACUGGAUCUUCUAAAGGAAGCGGUGGAGGUUUUCGUGGAGGCCAUUCAUGCACUUCCUCUUCACUGGGGGGCGUGGUUGGAGCUCAGCAACCUUGUCACCAACAUUGACAUGCUAAAGUCUCUGUCUCUGGCUGACUGCUGGAUGAAGGACUUCUUCUUGGCCCACAUGCACACGGAACUGCAGAUGAUCAAGGAAGCGCUGCAGAAGUACCAGAACCUCAUGGACGCCGGCUUCGCCAAGAGCACUUACAUCAUCUCGCAGAUGGCUGUCGCCUACCACAACAUUCGAGAUAUUGACCAGGCGGUGGCUCUGUUCAACAAGCUGAGAGAAAACGAUCCCUAUCGCAUUGACAACAUGGACACUUUUUCCAACCUGCUCUAUGUCAAAAUAAUGAAGCCAGAAUUGAGUUAUUUGGCCCACACGUUGGUGGAAAUUGACAAGUACAGAGUGGAGACGUGCUGUGUCAUUGGUAACUACUACAGCUUGCGCUCACAGCACGAAAAGGCGGCCCUCUAUUUUCAGCGAGCCCUUAAACUAAACCCUCGCUGCCUGAGCGCCUGGACCCUCAUGGGCCACGAGUACAUGGAGAUGAAGAAUACAUCGGCCGCCAUUCAAGCUUACAGACACGCCAUUGAGGUGAACAAGCGGGACUAUCGAGCCUGGUACGGCUUAGGUCAGACUUAUGAGAUUCUCAAGAUGCCCUUCUAUUGUCUCUACUACUAUCGAAAGGCUCACCAGCUCAGGCCCAAUGAUUCGCGCAUGUUGGUUGCACUGGGUGAAAGCUAUGAAAAACUAUCCCAGACCGCUGAAGCCAAGAAGUGUUACUGGAGGGCGUACUCUGUCGGCGAUGUAGAGAAGAUGGCGUUACUCAAACUGGCAAAGCUCCAUGAACAGCUGAAUGAAAAUGAUGAGGCAGCCCAGACUUACAUGCUUUACACCCAAGAUGUCUUCUCCUGUAGGGAACAGUUGGAGCAUACUGAAGUCAGCUCAGCCCUCAAAUACCUCGGUCAGCACUAUUUCAAGAACAAACUGUACGACGAGGCGUCUCUCUGUGCCCAGCGCUGCUGUGACUACAAUGAUGCACGAGAAGAAGGCAAAGCUCUCUUAAGGCAAAUCUCUCAGGUGAGAGAUCAAGCGGAGACUCCGUCGUGCGAUCUGUUUGCGCCGCUCUCCAACAACACGACACCUGUUAGGAGGCUGUCCCCACUCACUGUCAUCUCCUUCACACCCUAACACUCGCUCCUGUUUAGGAUUUGUGGCCUUUUUGCAAGGAUUAUUUAAACUGCAUUAAAAAAAAUUGAUGGGAAAAAGUUUAAGCGCUGAGAUGCUGUUUAAAAAAUGGAUGUUACGUACUGUGUUGGAAAUGUGCUGAAACAUGAGAAACAAAACCACUUCUGUCACAUUCAAGAACAUUUAAACAGACACAAUAAACUUUGAUACAAUAUGCUGUUACAUAGCAUAUGAA